AUGGUGCGACUCGCCUUAUCUUUCGCUGCAUCCCUCACUGCAGGUGUCUUUUAUGCCGCACGUCCCUCUAAUGGAAUAGCAGUGGAUUGCGCAACGAAGCAGCCAUCAAGUUUCAGUCCGGAUAAAUUCUCCGCUUUUAAACUCAUAUCAGCGCAAUAUGAAUCACCUGACACGCGCCGUCUUUGCUUUGGAUUGGAAACAGCAGAAACGCCUUUUCAUAUGCCACCUGGCGCGUGCAUCAUUGCGCGAAUUAAGGAUAAUAGUGGAAGUGAAAUAACGUACCCUUUUGUACCCAUUACACCAAAUAACACAAAGGGACGCUUCGAAAUUUUGGUCAAGAAGAGGCUGAAGGAUAAGAUGAGUGGCGAACUCUUUCAACUACGGCCCGGGGAGGAGUUACAUGUGAAGGGUCCAUUUGUGAAAAUUCUUUACAAACCAAACAUGUGGAAAAGUGUAGGCAUGCUGGCAAGCGGCACAGGUAUAGCACCCAUGUAUAGAAUGUUACGAGAGAUUUUAGAUAACCCAAAAGAUAACACACACGUGUCUCUCGUGUAUGCUAAUGAAAAGCGGGGUGACAUUCUUUUGGCGAAUGAACUAUCGAACCUGCAGGCGACGUUCAACAACUUCAACAUGUAUCUUGCAUUACAAGAGGUACCACAUCGUUGGUUGGGCGGUAUCGGGGAAAUUAAUGAAGAAAUGAUUCGUGCCUUUAUGCCGAAACCUGGGGAGCGUUACACGAAAAUCCUCGUGGCGGGACCUCCAGAACUAAUAAAGGAAAUAGCUGGUGAAAAGAUUUUCAAUGAGGGAAUGGCUCCCGAGCAGGGACCACUGAAAGGGCUUUUAAAGGACAUGGGCUACGCGGAGUCGCAGGUGUUUAAAUACUGA